UCAGUGCACGUUCCCCGGACUCCUCCUCCAUAGCUAGGAUCUGCUUUGAAAGCCCCGCUCUCUGAUCCGAUGGGAUUACUGAGUGACAGGCUCUGCUGCUGGUGCUAGCACCCGACUGCGGCUCAGACAGCCCCUGGUACUAAGUCGGUGCACUGCCCUGCACUUGCUUCCCACGCUGAGCAGAUAAAUUGUGGGAAUAAAUCCAAGCAGAUUGGAGGUCACCGUGGAAGAGUUUGAAGCCCCUAACCAUGAAUUGUGCAGCACAAGAGUGGCUCCGGCUGACUGUCCUGCUAUUCAUAGUUCAAACAGUUGCUGCAAUGCUCAUUCCUAAUGCCACCCAAUUAGAGGGCCUCUUGGAAAAAUAUAUGGAUGAGGAUGGAGAGUGGUGGGUUGCUAAGCAGAGGGGUAAAAGGGCCAUUACUGAGAGUGACAUGAAGCUCAUCUUGGAUUUGCACAAUAAACUGAGAGGUGACGUUUACCCUCCUGCCUCCAAUAUGGAGUAUAUGAUAUGGGAUGUAGAACUGGAAAGAUCUGCUGAAGCGUGGGCCACAACUUGUCUAUGGGAACAUGGUCCUGCAAAUUUGCUUCCGUCAAUUGGACAGAAUUUGGGUGCCCAUUGGGGAAGAUACAGACCACCCACUUACCACGUCCAGGCAUGGUAUGAUGAAGUCAGAGAUUACACGUUUCCAUAUCCACAAGAGUGUAACCCUUACUGUCCAUUCAGGUGUUCCGGCCCUGUAUGUACUCAUUAUACACAGGUCGUUUGGGCGACAAGCAGUAGAAUUGGUUGUGCUAUAAACCUGUGUCACAACAUGAAUGUUUGGGGGCAAAUAUGGCCAAAGGCAAUAUACCUAGUGUGCAAUUACUCUCCAAAGGGAAACUGGUGGGGCCAUGCUCCCUAUAAACAUGGCCGUCCUUGCUCAGCUUGCCCACCCAGCUAUGGAGGAGGUUGCAGGGAUAAUCUCUGUUUCCGAGGAGAUGGUUCAGAUUUGCACUAUCCUAUUCCUGAGCCUGAGGAAGAGACCAAUGAGAUCGAGAGGCAGCGUUCAAAGGCACUUGACACAACUUCACAGAGUAGAGCGAGGACCCACUCCCCAACAAGUUCCACUAGGACUGACAGCUAUGAUAGCAAUGAAGUGAUCAGUACAGAACAAAUGUCUCAGAUAGUAACUUGUGAAGUCCGCUUGAGGGAUCAAUGCAAAGGGACAACAUGCAAUAGAUAUGAAUGUUCAGCUGGCUGUUUGGAGGGCAAUUCCAAAGUAAUUGGAAGUGUAUUCUAUGAAAUGCAAUCAAGUAUUUGUAGAGCAGCCAUUCAUUCUGGUGUAAUAGAUAAUGAAGGAGGAUGGGUAGAUGUUACUCGACAAGGGAGAAGAAAUUACUUCAUAAAAUCUUACAGAAAUGGAGUCCAGGCAAUUGGAAAAUAUCAAUCAGCUAAUUCCUUUACAAUCUCUAAAGUUUCAUUUCAGGCUGUGACAUGUGAGACAACAGUGGAGCAAUUAUGUCCAUUUCAAACUCCAGCUUCGCACUGUCCAAGGGUGUACUGUCCACGUAACUGUGCCCAAGCAAGUCCACAUUAUGCUCGAGUUUUCGGGACCCGUAUUUAUUCUGAUAUCUCAAGUAUCUGCAAGGCAGCCCUUCACGCUGGUGUAGUCCGUAAUCUUCAAGGAGGCUAUGUGGAUGUUAUGCCAAUUGAUAAAAAGAAACACUAUUUUGGAUCAUCCCAAAAUGGAAUUACUUCAGAAAGUUUACAUAACCCAUUGGGAAGCAAGGCAUUUAGAAUAUUUGCUGUCAUCUGAGAAGGAAGUGGAAAUAUAAGAAGUCCAACAAUCCAGAAGAACAUGUCUCAAGAUUUGUAUAAAAGUGUAUUAUUGUACAGUCCAUAAUAUCUAUUGUAAGAACAUUUGUGGAUCAUAGUAAAACGAGGCUGUAUUCAUUAUAGAAUAUUAACUUUUUAGAGUUUAUUAAUUCCUGCUGUAUCUGACCUCUUCUUGGCAUUGAAGCUAUAGUAUUAGGAUCCACUGGUGUAUUCAGAAGUAUGCCUUAUUGUUCAGUUCUUUGGGUUGGGGCAGUCUAGCCCUUAAAAUCAAACACAAAAUGAAAUUAGUAAUACUGACCUAAAUAAUGAACCAAGCAACAUUUUAAAGGAGAGUACACAGUUAAUCCAAUUUUAGAUAUUCUAGCAUUGUAUUUGGCUUUGGGAAUGGGCACUUUUAAACCCCUUAAUGUAUAAUCUGCACCAUGUGGAGGAGACAACAUAAACUUCUAGUUCUUACAGAAUGUUUGAUCACUCAUAAAGGAGCUUGGAAAAUCUAAAAAUUCUUUGUCUAAUUAUGAAUCAAAGGAUUCUCAUGGACUUAAUGUAAGGCCAGUGGGGACUUCCUUUUGGGAUCCCCACUAGUCACCAAUCUUGAAGGGAUGUUGCUCUCCAUUAUUUACACAAGCACACAAGCACAGUGGCAUGUCCAUAUGGACAGCUGAGUAUUGUUCUGUAGUUUGUCCCAUCCAAGUCAAUGGAAAGAACUGCAAUUCCAGGCACAGACAUUUAUGCAAACAAGCCAUUGUAACUGUGUAAAUGAUCAAUGGGAUGAAGAGCUCUGCAGAGAACUGCAGCGUCUUCAUUUUGUUGAUAGCAGGGGGGCUGACAGUCAGACACCUGCUAGUCAAGCAUUGAUGAUUUAUUCUAAGGGUGAUCUGAUCCAAGUUCCAGAAAACAAAUGUAUCUAAUAUACUGUUAUAGUUCAAUUUCCAAGAGCACUGUGGUGAGGAUCAACAUAUUUGUGCAUACAUGUUCGAGUCCAAUCGUUCUCAGGUUCUAAUUUACAGAACUGUGAAAUGGUCAUAUGACCAAUUUACCUGUAUCUGCUACUAGAAAUAAGUGGAUUCCUGGUUCUUAAAAUUGAGAAGUGAAACUGUCAAGAUUUAUAGCCUCCUGUUGGUACGACAAUUUAAAGGUACAAUUGUGAUGACUUAUUAAGCUUUGAUAGGGCAGCAAAGGGUCUUCAUCCUGGAUGCAGGUUCCUUCACUUUUCUCAAGUGACUUUAUGAAAUCCCAUUAAUACAGUGCCGUUGUUUUCAGGGCAUAAGAUGACUUUGGUGGAUUUAUUUGUAUUCACUUUUUGUUUUGUUGUUCUGUGGUUGUCCUUCAGCAGUCUUCCACCUUUACUGUAAUGGUGAAGACUGCAAAAUUGACAGGAACAUGUACAAAUUUUGACCAUUACUUAUAAUAGAAGCAUUUCUAGGUGCAUAACAUGGAACUGCUUCUUUAAGGAGUAGAUUUACUAAGCAAACUGCUAAAUUAAUCUGGCACAAAUUAUGGCAAAAAAGCGGAAUACUUUGUAGCAUAAUUAUUAUAUUUACAGAAAAUUGUUAUGCACCACACGACCAUUUAGAAAUGUAUCUGAAAAAGAAGCAUGGCUAAGAAAAGUUGCACAAUGCACCCCAUUUAUUGAAGGUGUGCUCCAUUCUUUUGAUUCAAAAUAUUGAUUUAAAAAAGCCAGCCAAGGGGUGGCAUAAGGAAGAGAAAAACAAGAUGCAUCACAUAGUGUGUGUCACAUUUGGCAAAGUUUCUGCCUAUUUCAUCUGUAAUUUUAUCUUAACUCAAAAUCUGAAAGUAAAUCUUCCCAGUGUGCUAUCACAGGUUUUCAAUUUCUUUCUUUAAUUAUUUUUUACCGAUGUUGAGGUGCAGCUUUUUUGCCACACCACUACCGCUAUGUGUGACUUUAGCAUCAAACUUUUUACUACUAACGUGCAACUUUAUUUUAAUAGGGUUGUAAACACUUUCAAAUAUCCUGUGAGGGAAUUCUGAAUUAUUAAAUGUAAUCCAACUCAGCAAUUCAUGAUAGUAUUUUGCCAGCGUGGGGAAUCUUCAUAAAGAAUAUUUUUUUUCUAGAGAACCCAAAACACAAAGAAAAUGCAUAGGCAGCCCAUUUAUUUCAAUAGGCAAUGUAAAAUACUUUAUUUUCCCUGUGGUGAUACCAAAGGAAAAAUGAAUUCUUGCUGUCAGUAUCUCCAACAGAUGACUGGGAAUUCCAGCAGUGACACUCUCUGCUUAGCUUUAGGAUUAUUUGACACUUCUAUCAAAUGGAUUGUUAAAAAUGGAUUAUCAUGUAAGUAAAGUCCUGUGCUUUUUGCCACAGUCAAGUUAUUUUGAAAAGUGAGGAUUUCCAUUGAAUAUUCUUUAAAUGCCUUGAGUCUCAAACCUACAGUAGUUUCCUCUUCUUACUAUAGAAUCCCAUCUUGAGUCUUGACCCUCAAGACCAUAUUUGUUACAUAAAACCAAUUGAAAGACACAUAAUAUAAUACACAAAAAAUGUUAUCUUGACCUACAGUAUUACUGAAAUAUCUUAUUGCAAAUUUUAUACUGGAUUAGGAGAUCCAUUAUAACCCCAUUAUACCUUUUUAUUGGAUUUAGUGAAGAAUCAGUCAUAGCAACAACUUUGUAAGUUUGUCCCAUUGUGAUUUUUGAAUGCUGAACACAAUGGCCCUGAGUAUUGCCAUCCUGACCUUUUUGUGAAGUCUUUCUACUCCACUGUUGGACCGUGGUAGCCAUGUGUUUCAAUGUUCCUUCAUGAGAAGGUCCAGAAGUUCUAAACUUUGGACCAGGACUGAUGUCCACAGCAUGAGCUGUAAUUUCUAAGUCACCGUGGGAUUUUAAUAAAUGGGGUUGUCACAUUUUGGCAACUGAUUAUCUUUAAAAAAUAAAUAAAUAAAUAAGGAUGUGGUUAAAACCAAAGGACCUAUGGAUAUCAUAGAGGGAGUGUCCAAAUUGGUACCCUCUCUCUGAGUGCGGAGAGCUGCUAAUGAAAGACAGUUCUCACUCUGGUGGAAACAGCCCAUCCACACAGCACUUUGGCGCCAUUUAUUUGAAGGGCUGACAUAAUGCUACAUUUCCCAUGAGGUGUCAACUGGGGCUCAACCUUAGAAAUUGCCACAUGUUUCUGAAUCAAAAAGGGGGUUGAGACAACACAUUUAAAAUCUGUAUACAUAAAUGUUUGCAGUGGAUCAUUUAUUGCUGCUAUUUCUUAUAAAACAAUAUGUUGUUGAAAAUGAUGCUUAGGGUUUUUAUUGUGUAAAUAUUGUUCAUAUUUGAGUAGGAUUGUUACUUUUGUUAUAUAUUUUUAUGAUGAAUGAAUUUACUCUACAAAAAGUUUGGAACUUUUUGGUGUUUUUUUUUAUAGCCUGGCAAAUAUUCCUGCAGGCCAGGAAGUGUACAGCAAAGUAGUUUAUAAUGCCGUUAAUGUGCAUUCACUUUUAUUGUUGCACCCUGUCCACAUGUUGGUAUAAAAAUAUUACUUAUAAAACAUGCUUAUAUGAGAUAUUGCCUUCUAAAGGUUGAAGAUGUUGCAGCUGGAAUUUCUUUUGUAGUGCAGUUACAUUCUAUGAUUAUCUUCACAACACUAUUUUUACCAACUGUUAGUCACGUUCUUUUAAUGAAAUCUUCCUCUGUGUUGUAUUUUCUAUUAGAGAUAACAUAAUAAAUAUAUAUUGUGAGAA